UCCGUGUACUCCAAAUCUCUGCGUCUGCUCGGCGCGCGGUUGCUCCUCAGUCGGAAUCUCAUCCAAUCUACUGAUACCGAUGUUUUCUCUUACGCGUCCGUUGAUGGAGAGCGCUCCUCGACGACGUCGACGAGAGACGUGAGGUCUGUCGCUAUUCCGGUGCUGUCCUGCCCUCUCCAGUGCCAUCUUUGUUAUUGUGAAAAGGCUCACUGUCGCUACCGUCGACGCCGCUGGAACGAGUUUUUCGUGUGAUCGGCCGUCAGGGAAUCAGCGCUCGGUUUUGCGGAAAUCUGUAGAAUUCGCGGAAUCCUACCAGUCGCCUCCUCCGACGAGAGUCGACUGAGACCCUCGAGCCGGAAGACAGUUCACGACUUCGGGAGCUGCUUGUCCCGUGAGCGUGAGUUACUCCACUGAAUUUCCAAGCUUCCUCGCGGGGAAAUCGGGAGCCCUCAAGGACUCAAGAAGCUUCCUCGACUGAUCCAACUUUUCAAUUUCGAGCAAGGAUGACGGGCGAAAUCGCGAUUCUCUCCGUGUCAGACAAGACUGGCCUCCUCGAUAUGGCCAAAGCCCUGGCCCAGGCUGGCUACAAGCUGGCCGGCUCCGGAGGGACCGCCAAGGCCAUUCGCGACUCUGGGAUGGAGAUUCGCGACAUUUCUCAAAUUACCGGACACCCGGAGAUGCUCGGUGGCAGGGUGAAAACCCUGCACCCAGCAGUCCACGGAGGAAUCCUGUCCCGGAAAACCGAAUCAGACAUCGCUGAUAUGCGGCGGCAGAACUACGAAUUCGUAUCGGUGGUCGUGUGCAACCUGUACCCAUUCGUCGAAGCGAUCUCCAAGCCUGACGUCACCAUCGCUAAAGCCGUCGAGGAAGUCGACAUCGGAGGCGUGACCCUCCUGCGCGCCGCUGCUAAAAACCACGAAAGGGUUACGAUCGUCUGCGACCCGUCGGACUACACGGCUGUCGCCAACGAAAUUUCCCGUUCCCCUACGAGAACGACGUCACUGGAAACACGGAAGAGGCUCGCCGUAAAAGCUUUCCUCCUCACAGCCAAAUACGAUGCGAACAUCUCGGAUUACUUCCGCAAAGAAUACAUGCAGAACGUUCAACACCUGCCACUCCGUUACGGGAUGAAUCCGCACCAGAAACCCGCUCAGCUGUGCACGUCGGCCAACGAGCUGCCUCUGAUGGUUGUCAACGGAUCCCCCGGAUUCAUCAACUUGUGCGAUGCGCUCAAUGCAUGGCAAUUGGUACGGGAGCUCGAGCGAGCUCUCGGCUUGCCCGCCGCCACGUCGUUCAAGCACGUAAGUCCCGCCGGAGCGGCUGUGGCAGUGCCGCUGAGCGUCGAUGAUGCUCGUCUCUGCAUGGUCGAGGACCUCCACAGCCAACUCAGUCCAAUCGCUUGCGCCUACGCUCGCGCUCGAGGUGCUGACAGGAUGUCUUCAUUCGGGGAUUUCAUUGCCUUGUCGUCAACGUGUGAUGCAAUCACCGCGCGAAUUAUUUCGAGGGAGGUUUCCGAUGGAAUCAUCGCUCCCGGCUAUACUCCCGAGGCGAUGGAAAUCCUCCGCAAGAAAAAGAACGGGGGCUACUGCGUGCUACAAAUGAAUCCAAAUUACGAGCCCGGCGACAUGGAGAUCCGCACCUUGUUCGGCUUGACGCUUGAGCAGAAGCGCAACGAUGCGCGCAUCAACAAAGAGCUCUUCAAGAACAUCGUUUCGAAGAACAAGCAUCUGCCCGAGUCUGCUAUUCGAGACUUGAUCGUCGCCACGAUCGCUCUAAAAUACGCCCAAUCGAAUUCGGUGUGCUACGCAAAGGACGGUCAGGUCAUCGGCAUCGGAGCCGGUCAACAGUCUCGGAUUCAUUGCACUCGACUCGCAGGCGACAAGGUCAACAACUGGUGGCUCAGGCAGCAUCCAACGGUCAAGAAGAUGGUAUUCAAGAAAGGGGUGAAGCGAGCCGAACAGUCCAAUAUCAUAGACGUUUACGUGUCUGGAGUUUUUGGCGUCGACAUGCCCGCGGAUGUUUACCAGAACUCUCUCGAGAACCCGCCAAAACAACUCACAGACAUCGAGAAGCGGGAUUGGAUUUCGAAAUUGAACAGGGUUGCGAUUUCAUCGGAUGCUUUCUUCCCCUUCCGGGACAACAUUGAUCGGGCGAAACAAUCCGGCGUUGAAUAUAUAGCGUCGCCGGGAGGCUCGACGAACGACGAGGGCGUCAUUCAGGCUUGUGACGAACACGGCAUCACCCUCGUCCACACGGGACUCCGUUUGUUCCAUCACUGAGAGCUUCAUAUACCAACAGUGAAUAAAUGUUGAAGCGGGA